AUGCCCAGGAACCAGGGGAUGAUGCAGUGGCCAGGUGACAGGUCCGGGAGGAGACCCUCAAAGAAGCGGGCUCCCAGAGCCGAGGGUGCCGCGGGCAGGCGCGGAGCCCAGCCUGGCCAGAAGGAACGGGCCGGGGGCAGCCCAGGGCCGCGGUCCCCGCGGAGGAAGCAGGCAGAGCGCAGGAGACACCGAGAAGAGCUGGGGGAACGGGGGCGGAGCUCCGCAGAGAGGACCUGCACAGAGAGGAGGAAGAAGGAUGGGAGGACUUCCCUCAAGGAGCAGAGAGCACCCUCAAAGAAGGAAAAGGAGGUGCCGAGGAAGGAGGAGACGUGGAAGCGGCUGAAGAAGCACAGAUCGCCCUCCUUGGCCUCCAGUGCCUCUGUCGGGGAGUCUCUGUCAGAGGAGGAACUGGCCCGAAUCCUGGAGCAGCUAGAAGACAAGAAGAAGCUCAUUGCCACCGUGCGGAGCAAGCCCUGGCCCAUGGCGAAGAAGCUGACUGAGCUCAGAGAGGCCCAAGAAUUUGUGGAGAAGUAUGAAGGAGCCUUAGGAAAGGGGAAAGGCAAGCGACUCUACGCCUACAGGAUGCUGAUGGCUAAGAAGUGGGUCAAGUUUAAGAGAGACUUUGAUAAUUUCAAGACUCAGUGUAUACCCUGGGAAAUGAAGAUCAAGGACAUUGAAAGUCACUUUGGUUCCUCGGUGGCAUCGUAUUUCAUCUUUCUCCGAUGGAUGUAUGGAGUUAACCUCGUCCUUUUUGGCUUAAUUUUUGGCUUAGUUAUAAUCCCAGAGGUACUAAUGGGCGUGCCCUAUGGAAGUAUUCCCAGAAAGACAGUGCCUCGGGCUGAGGAAGAAAAAGCCAUGGAUUUUUCGGUCCUUUGGGACUUUGAGGGCUACAUCAAGUAUUCUGCUCUCUUCUACGGCUACUACAACAACCAGAGGACUAUCGGGUGGCUGAGGUACAGGUUGCCCAUGGCUUACUUUAUGGUGGGGGUCAGCGUGUUCGGCUAUAGCCUGAUGAUUGUCAUUAGAUCGAUGGCCAGCAAUACCCAGGGCAGCGCAAGCGAGGGGGAGAGCGCUAACUUCACCUUCAGCUUCAAGAUGUUCACCAGCUGGGAUUACCUGAUCGGGAAUUCAGAGACAGCCGACAACAAGUAUGCCUCCAUCACCACCAGCUUCAAGGAAUCGAUAGUGGAUGAACAAGAGAGUAACAAAGAAGAAAAUAUCCAUCUGACAAGAUUUCUCCGGGUCCUGGCCAACUUUCUCAUCAUCUGCUGUUUGUGUGGAAGUGGAUACCUCAUUUAUUUUGUGGUGAAGCGAUCGCAGGAAUUCUCCAAAAUGCAGAAUGUCAGCUGGUAUGAAAGAAAUGAGGUAGAAAUUGUGAUGUCCCUGCUUGGUAUGUUUUGUCCCCCUUUGUUUGAAACCAUCGCUGCCCUGGAGAAUUACCACCCACGCAUUGGACUGAAGUGGCAGCUCGGACGCAUCUUUGCACUCUUCCUGGGGAACCUCUACACAUUUCUCCUGGCCCUGAUGGAUGAUGUUCACCUCAAGCUUUCUAAUGAAGAGAAAAUAAAGAACCUCACUCACUGGACUCUGUUUAACUAUUACAACUCCUCGGGUUGGAAUGAGAGUGUCCCCCGGCCACCACUGCACCCUGCAGAUGUGCCCCGGGGUUCUUGCUGGGAGACAGCUGUGGGCAUUGAAUUCAUGAGGCUGACGGUGUCUGACAUGCUGGUAACCUACAUCACCAUCCUGCUGGGGGACUUCGUGCGAGCUUGCUUCGUCCGGUUCAUGAACUAUUGCUGGUGCUGGGACCUGGAGGCUGGGUUUCCCUCUUACGCUGAGUUCGAUAUCAGCGGAAAUGUACUCGGUUUGAUCUUCAAUCAAGGAAUGAUCUGGAUGGGCUCCUUCUAUGCCCCGGGACUGGUAGGCGUCAACGUGCUGCGUCUGCUGACCUCCAUGUACUUCCAGUGCUGGGCGGUGAUGAGCAGCAACGUCCCCCACGAGCGCGUGUUCAAAGCCUCCCGAUCCAACAACUUCUACAUGGGCCUCCUGCUGCUGGUGCUCUUCCUCAGCCUCCUGCCCGUGGCCUACGCCAUCAUGUCCCUCCCGCCCUCCUUUGACUGCGGGCCGUUCAGUGGGAAAAACAGAAUGUAUGACGUCAUCCAAGAGACGAUUGAAAAUGAUUUUCCAACCUUCCUGGGCAAGAUCUUUGCUUUCCUCGCCAACCCUGGCCUGAUCAUCCCAGCCAUCCUGCUGAUGUUCCUGGCCAUCUACUACCUGAACUCGGUUUCCAAAAGCCUCUCCCGAGCGAAUGCCCAGCUGAGAAAGAAAAUCCAAGCGCUCCGUGAAGUUGAGAAGAGCCACAAAUCUGUCAAAGGCAGGACCACAGCCAGAGAUUCAGAGGACACAGCUAAAGGCAACUCCAAAAAUGCCACCCAGCUCCAACUCACCAAAGAAGGGACCACGCCUCACUCUGCCAGCCAAAGCCAGACCGCAGGCAAGAAGGCCCAGGAUCCUGGGAUCUCUAGUUCUGCCAGCAGGAUCACGCUGCCUGUCUCCCAGCACCUCCCCGUAUCUCGGCCUCCUGGAGUCAGACCAGAUUCUGGCCAACCUCGGCCUCAGACCCAUCCUUGGAGGUCAGCCUCUGGAAAGAGCGCUCCCAGACCUCCCCACUGAUAGCAGGGAUACACAAGCACCAUUCUGGGGCUGAUCCUUGGGCCCCGCCAGCUCACACACCCAAAACGAUAUUCUCUCUUCCUCUCUCUCUCAUGCACACACACACACACACACACACACACACACACACACGAUACCCAUGCACGCACGUUCUCUCUCCUCUCAUUGAAUGUGGGAAUUUCAAUUACUUAGUCUCAGGCACUUGUUGGCCACCACAACUGGAGGACAAUGGCUUCAUCCACUCUUUAGGGGAGCUGAGCCUCCCGACUCCCCCUAAACUGCCUUUCCUAGUAUCUUGGUUCAGGCAGCCUGGACCUUGAACUCACCAUGGUUCUCUGGGCUCCAGACUUUGGGAGGAGGGACCAGGGCCAUGAUCAUCACCACAGACUUUGUCAUGGCACCCAUGUUGGGACCCUGGUUUCUGCUAACCUUAUGUGAGGAGGGGCCCACAUUCCUAACUGUCAGCCCUAUCCAAAGGAGAUGAGGCGGUUUAAAUAAAAGGUACAAGAAAGCACUGAAAACAAAGGUAAAUGAGCCAAAGUGCAGCCAUGGUGAGUGGGAAGAUGGUUCUCCCCCAGAACCCAGCCUGAGGGGAGCUGAGGCCAUUAAGCAGCAAAAAAUGCAUCGGAGCCUUCUAGCAGCAAGGCAACGAGCAAGUGUUUCUUCCAACCGAAGAGGACUUAGAUUGCUCGGGGCAGAAAAUCCUUCUCAAGCAUCAAAUUCUAAAAAGAAUUUGAUAGUCUGCUUAUUGUCUAGGGAAUGCUGAAGAUGGUUUCUCUGAGGAGUUUUGCAAAGGAUGCAAUGCAAUCGCCUUGUCUGGCGAUUCGAUGUUCAGCUAGCAUCAUUAUGCGGUUCUCUGCAAAAUGUCUCCUCGGGGGCAUAAGCCAGGGAGCCCCAAGCCACGGAGAAGGCCUCGCCAGCAAGGACAGAGGCUCGGCAGGGAGCGAGUCACAGCCCAGGACACUGACAGCGCAGGUAUCCUGCAGGUGGUUUCCUCCCCUCCUCUGCCCCUUGUUCCCAGCCCCCCGUGAGCCAUGUGGCUUCAGAAUCAUCUCAUGCCUGGUCUCUGAGUGCUCUAAGGGGAGUCCUCUCCCCGACCCACGUGCAGGGGGAACCACGGCCCCAGGGGUUUUCAGGAGAAGCCCCCACACCUUGGAGGUCAGGCAAAGUCCUGGUGGGGAGAUGGAGAUUUUAUAGAGAUUUCAUAAGCUAUAAAUUAAAAUAAGUCCCAGGUUCUCUCCCACUUCCUUCCCCUUCCCAGCCCAGCAUCAACGCUUCACAUGUGACCUGGAACGGAGUGGGAACGGGGACCACAUGAUGGGGAGAAACAGAUCAGUUCUUCCUCCCCUAUCUCCGGGCGAGGCUAACAAAGAUGUUUGUGGAACUCAGGUCCAACCCUCAAUCCCAAACUCUUGUGUGUCAUGUGCCUUCUGGGAGGACAUAAUCUGGUCCUGAGCUUACUACCUACCUGACCCCUCGACAUGCGAAUCCAGGCUGCCUAACCCAACCACCCAGGACUGGGAGGUCAGACACCUGACCUUCAGAGUCACCCGCCUAGAUAAUGCCAGCCCCUGGGGAGGGGAACGAGAGGGGCCUGAGUCAUCAGCCUCCUAGUGAUCCCUGUCCGGCUCCCGAUGGCUACCCAGAUGCCUAAGCACCC